UUAUUUAUUUAUUUUCAAAAGUGAGCGCUAACCCUCAAAUUGAAAAUUCAAACCAUAAUAUAUUUCGGGUUCUGAAUCUCUCGCUUUCAGGCUUUCUCCCUCUCACAUAAACACUCUUUGGUGGCGAAUCUUGAGAAAAGAAAGCAAAAUUUGAACAUUGGUUGGUGGGAAACUAAGAAAGCGUCGCCAGUACUCUUUAAUUGUGGUUUUUCGUGAGGCUGCUAUUCUGAUUUGUAUCAAAGAAGAUGGAUUGCAGAAAUGGCGGUGGUCCAGUCACAACAAUAGGCAAAAGGCAAUCCGAUUUGAAGAAGUCUUUCAAGCUCGCCGUUCGCUCUCUUCUCACUACUUGUCCUACACAGGAAUUCAGCAAAGCGUUUCCAAAAUUUUCGAGUGUCGAGCAAGAACAUCUCCACCAGCUUUUUAUUCAGGUCAUUACCUCUUUACAUGGGAAUAUAGAGGACGAAUUUGAGUCUUUAUGCAAUGAAACACAGGUAGGAGAUGCCCUUGAUACCGUGGAGCAACUUGUGGAAGAACAAUCUCUUGACCAUUUGUCUUCAGAUAGGACUAAUGUAAUGGAUGCAGUGCACAAUUUUUCAGCAGCAAAGAAAGCUGAGAUCCAUUACUUAAGAGGCCUGCUGGAAAGGGCUGAAGAACAUAAUCGGCUCAUUCAAGCUCGGGUGGACCUACUUAGGAAUAAGACACAAGAAGUCCCGGACAUAAAAGAUGUUAUUGGGAAGUUGAGAGGUGGAAUUUUAAGUUACAAGGGAACACAAAAUGUGGAGCUUUAAAUGGUCUGCAACUGGUGGGGCUGGCAAAGUGUAUCUCAGACUGCAGUGACUGAGAAGCUGCAUGGAGCGGUUAAUAGUUACUGCAACAAUACGUAUUUGUAGUGAGAUGUUGUUAAACCUUUAGCGUGGUUGUGGGUUUAUGUUAAAACAUAAUUCUGGUGAUUGUUAUAACUAAAUACAUUGCUAGUUCUAAACGUACUUCUACUUGUUUGGGUAAAGCAAAAUGAGGAGUGUCGGGAUUUGAGUGAAGUAGAAAGGUGUAAAGUUGGAUUUAGACGGUAAGGCCAGCAAGAAUGAAUCAAAAAAUCGCAGUGUUGGAUUGA